UUAGUUAAAUUUCCCCAAGUUUGCAUCACGUUGGUCGAAUUAGUUGAGGUUAAGUUUACCAUGGAAGAAGUCGAAGAAGGGGGCCCCAAAACCGAAGAAUUGCCGGCUGAAGCACCCUCUGAACAAAUAAAGGAAGAAAAUGACCCGUACGCCUACCUGGAGCGGCAGGAUUUCUCCUCGGAAAAAUUCAAAAUCGAAAUAAAAAAUCUCCCCAAGAUCUAUGGGAUCAACGAAUUUCGGAAACUGCUCAACACUAAACUGAAGUUGAAUUCGACGAAAAUAAAAGCGCCGAAAAGGAAUAGUCAUUAUGCUUUCGUGUGUUUUCGUAGUGAUGAAGACAGGGAAAAGGCGAUUGAGACUCUGACGGGGUUCAAAUGGAAAGGGAAACAACUGCAGGCGAUUAGGGCUAAACCGUCGCCGGACCCUUUGGUUAAAAAACGAAAAGAAAAUUCGGAAGAAGGCCCUAAUAAGAAGGUUAAACUGGACACUAGGAGUCAAGAGGAGAUGUUAAAAUCGUCGACUAUUCCACUGGGGGAUGUACCUUACGAGGACCAAUUAAAAACAAAACAAGAGGAAGCUAGAAAUAUCCUAAAGAGGUUAGGAACCGAACUGGCUCGCCUAAACCCGGAGUUACGACAGUGGUUAAAUGACCAAAAAGCCAAACACGACGGGCUUCCUUGUGAACUACUCGACAUACGACACGCCGAAGACUACGACGGAUACCGCAACAAAUGUGCAUUCACCGUUGGAAUCGACGACCAAACCCAGCUGCCAACCGUCGGUUUUAGAAUAGGGAGUUACGCGAACGGCGUGACGGGGGUUGGCACCAUUGAAACACUCAGACACAUUCCAGAGCCAACUAAACUCGCGGUGCGACUUUUCCAAGAUUACGUCAGAUCAUCAGACUUUCAAGUUUUCAAUGCUGAGGACCACAGCGGCUAUUUUCGCCAACUCAUGGUGCGAACAGCCCCCGACCAAAUCAUGCUAGUUGUGGGAAUCCACCCCCAGGACCUCUCCCCCGACAAACUCGCUGCUUUCAAAGCUUCUUUAGUCAGUUUUUUCACACAGGGGGCCGGCAAAGACGCGAAAAUCACGUCCUUGUAUUAUCAAUCAAUCACGAAAAAAGUCGCCGGAGAGACUCCAGAGGGCGCUGAGCACCUGUGGGGCGACACACACAUUUGUGAGUCGCUACUGGGACUCAAAUUCAAAGUGUCGCCUCAGGCUUUUUUCCAAAUUAACACAAAAGGGGCCGAGAUUUUAUAUAAGUCGAUAAUCGAGUUGGCUGCGCCGAGUGACAGUUCGACGAUUUUGGACGUGUGCUGUGGAACGGGAACUAUUGGGUUAUGUUUUGCCAAGAAGUGUCAAAAAGUUUUAGGCAUUGAAGUCGUCCCUCAGGCUGUUCUGGACGCCAAAGAGAACGCCAAAUUGAACGAAAUCGACAACAGCGAGUUCUUUGAAGGCAAAGCUGAGGAGAUUUUAGGGUCUGUGUGUUACAGGGCUCUGAGUGACGUGGUGGCGGUUGUGGAUCCGCCGCGGGCGGGGCUUCACCAGAAAGCCGUACUGCAGAUCCGCAAAGUCCCCAAAAUCUCCCAACUGGUCUACGUUUCGUGCAAUCCAGCGGCGGCUUUGAAAAAUUUUAUAGACAUAGGGCGCCCCGCGUCCAAGACGCUGCACAACGAGCCUCUAGUGCCCAUCAAGGCGGUGGCCGUGGACAUGUUUCCGCACACCCGACACUGCGAGCUCAUCAUCACUUUUAAAAGAUUCGACAAACUGUAACGUUAUUUUAAUAAAAUGUUUCUUAAACGAG